AUGGAUCCUUCAUCGUCGGGCAUCCAGGAGCCAUUCGACCUCAUCAGAUUAUCCCUCAGCGAACGUGUUUUCGUGAAGUUACGGGGGGAUCGUGAGUUGACUGGCGUGCUUCAUGCUUAUGAUGGUCAUAUGAAUCUCAUUCUGAGUGAUGUUGAAGAAACCAUCAUGAUCGUCGAUCCCAUCGAAGGUGGUAUGGAGGGACAGGGAACGGUCAAAGUGGCUAAGAGAAAAAUGGAGAUGUUGUUUGUUCGGGGAGAUGGCGUUAUACUGGUGUCACCACCAUCGCGGACUUGA